CUUUUGGGUCUUUAAAACCUCAACCAGUCAUCACUCUUUCUUUAUAUUCAACAACUCCUCUCACCCAAGAUCCAAAUUCUCAACACCAAGAGAGAGAUAGAGAUGGAACAAGAAAACGAAGAGCAGCUGGCUAGAUGGGAUGGCUAUGUGGACUGGAGGAACAGGCCUGCCCUCAGAGGCCGUCAUGGAGGCAUGCUUGCUGCCUCCUUCGUAUUGGUUGUGGAGAUAUUGGAGAACCUGGCAUUUCUGGCAAAUGCAAGCAACUUGGUGAUGUAUCUAUCAGAGUACAUGCAUUUGUCUCCAUCUGUAUCGGCCAAUAAUGUCACGAAUUUCACGGGAACUUCUUUCCUUUUGGCACUUCUCGGUGGUUUUCUCUCAGAUGCUUUUUUCACUACUUAUACCAUAUACCUGAUAAGUGCAGCCAUCGAAUUUCUGCUUUUCCAUGUAUUGGCCGGUAAUGAAGAUCUUGCGAUUGAUCUUAUAUACAGCCAAGAGGUUGUUCAGCGCAACCAUUUAUCAUCUGGUAGUAACCCAUGGCCAUCCAAGAAUCAAAAGAAUCAAAAUGCAAGUCCUAUCAGUCCAACCCAUGCCAGCCAAGAAUCAAAAGAAAAUGCCAAAGAAAUGGCACCCGGUACUGAAACUUUAACAAAAAGCUUCAGCUUUCUUAACAGAGCGGUGGUGAAAAGGCAAGUCCAUUCUUCUCUAGAAUGCACAGUACAGCAAGUUGAGGAAGUUAAGGUUGUGAUAAAAAUCCUACCAAUAUUUUCUUGCACCAUCAUGCUCACUUGCUGCCUGGCUCAGCUCUCCACAUUUUCUGUACAACAAGCUGCCACCAUGAGCACCAAGCUUGGUUCCUUGAAAGUUCCCCCAGCUUCCCUUCCCUUUUUUCCGGUAAUCUUCAUUAUGAUCCUAGCACCCAUUUACGACCAUUUCAUUAUCCCAUUCGCUAGGAAAGUGACCAAAUCUGAAAUGGGCAUCACUCAUCUGCAAAGAAUUGGCAUUGGUUUAGUUCUUUCUGUAAUAGCAAUGGGAGUUGUUGCGCUGGUUGAAAUCAAGCGGAAGAAAGUUGCUACAAAUUCAGGACUACUAGACUCGAAUGAUCCAUUACCCAUCACAUUCUUCUGGAUUGCUUUCCAGUACUUAUUCUUGGGAUCAGCAGAUCUCUUCACAUUGGCAGGGCUGAUGGAAUUUCUCUUUACAGAGGCACCCACAAGCAUGAGAUCCUUAGCAACUUCUCUUUCUUGGGCUUCCUUGGCCAUGGGUUACUACCUGAGCUCAGUAAUUGUAUCAAUAGUAAAUAGUAUUACAGGUAACUCUACACGCAGACCAUGGCUCUCUGGCGACAACAUAAAUUACUAUCAACUGGAACGAUUCUACUGGCUGAUGUGCGUGCUAAGUGCUGUGAAUUUCUUGCAUUACCUUCUCUGGGCCAACUGGUACAAGUAUAGAUCAACAAGAAGUGGCUGGCAAAGCCAAUUUACGCAUUCAACAUAGAUAAUGACUGGCCUCUUUGCUCUGUUUAUACCAGAUGAUAAAUGGUUGCGCUGAACAACCUCUUGGCUGUAUAUAAGAUCAAUCGCAAGAUCUUCAUUACCGGCCAAUACAUGGAAAAGCUUUAGAGUAAUUUUAUCGUGUAAUAACUGUUUCUCUUGUAAUAGCGGCUCUUGUCCAAUGUUAACUAAUGCAAUUCUCGUUUUCUUAA